AUGUAUAAUAGUAAUAAUAAUAGUGGAUAUGGUAAUGGUGGUGGAUAUGGUGGCGGUGGUUAUGGUAAUAGUAAUAAUAAUGGAUUCGGUGGAGGUAACAAUAAUGCCGGUGGAUAUGGAAGAAAUAAUAAUAAUGGAUUCGGUGGUGGCAACAAUAAUGCUGGUGGAUAUGGUAACAAUAAUAAUAAUGGUUUUGGAAACAAUACAGGUGGAUAUGGUAAUAACAAUGGUGGUGGAUAUGGAAGUAAUAAUAACAAUGGAUUCGGUGGUGGUAGCAACAACAAUAAUAAUAACUACCAACAACAAAACUAUUCGAUCGAUAUGCCAGCCGACAACUUUGGUGGAAACGACGGUGAUGUUACCAACACCCCAGAGUACCAAGCAACCACCAGAAACAUCCAACAAAUCACAGUGGCUGUCACCACACUCACUAAACUAGUACAACAACUAGGCACUUCCAAAGAUAGUUUAGAGAUUAGAGAGAAAAUUCGUUCAUGUGUAGAGUCAACAACUCAUUUAAUUUCAGCGGAAUCAUCAAAAGUUAAAACUCUUACAUCACUUGCUAACAAAGCACGUGAUCCAAAGACUAAAUUAUUAUAUCAAAAGUUGGCAAAAGAAUAUAAUAAUUGUUUACAACAAUUUAAGGAUAUUGCUCAGGUUGCAACAAAGAAGGAGAGAUCCACUCCACUUCCACAAUCAUCACAACAACAGCAACAACAACAACAACAUCAAACAUCAUCGAACUCAUCACAAUACAGAAACAAUAACAAUGGCAAUGGAUACUAUAACAAUCAACAACAGUACUACGACGAAGACAAGGAAGACGAAUCACAGAGUCUGAUGGAAGCAUCGAGAAGACAGCAGCUCGCUCAAAUCGAAUCGGAGCGUGAGUAUCAAAACUCGAUCAUUCAGGAGCGUGAGGAGGGCAUCCGUCAAAUCGAACAAUCGAUCGUCGAAAUCAAUGAAAUCUUUAUGGAUCUCUCCAAUAUGGUGUCGGAGCAGGGUGUCAUGCUCAACACCAUCGAAUACAGUCUCGAAUCGACCGUCAUGAACACCCAGGAGGGUGUCGAGCAGAUCAAAAAGGCAAGCGAACACCAGAGAUCCGCCAGAACUAAAAUGUGUUGGUUAGCUCUCAUCCUAUUUAUCGUUGCUGGUGUAUUGGCUAAAUAUUAA